CUAUUUAGAUUUAGAUAAGGCAAGAAAAGAAAAUCCAGCAACACCACCCAUAUAAAUUACAAUCACAUCUCAUCUAAAAUAUCCAGCAAAGAUGAACACAAUCAGAGUGGAGCUGCUUCACUUGAAUCCCUUAAAUUUGAGAAAGCAAGCUACAAAUCCCCCAAUUAAACCCAGACUCAAUCUCACAAUCCCCUCUUCAAAUUAUGCCAAACAUUCAACAAGAAGGCGCGUCGACCUCAUCGCAAAAUUAUCAGCAUCUGACAAAGAGGAGACCGUUUCAAUCGUGGGCGGCGUCGCUUUAUCGGAAGAGAAUUCGAGAUUAAUGGUGCUUGCCGCCUUAUCUGUGGGAGUGGCUGUUUUUGUGAUGGGAUUUAGCGAUGAGAGGGCGCUGGCGUUGGGGCCGGAGGGGCCGCUGAUGGAGGAUUUUUGGGACAACAUGAGGAGAUAUGCACUCUACGCUUUGACGGUCAGCACCGGCGCUCUUUGGGUGCUUCUCGAGCCCAUCGUUGAGUUGUUGAAGAACCCCAUCUCUGCCCUUCUCCUUAUCUUCAUUUUUGGUGGUUCCUUUUUCAUUCUCUCGCAGGUUGUUACUGCCAUGAUUGGCAUGUCCGAUUUUUCUUACGAAUAUAGCAACUAGAUUCUUAUGCAGAUCUGUCUCAAUAUAUAUUACGUUACAUUUUCAUACUUAUGUCUUGUGUUUUGCUUUUAAUACUAUCUCUGGAAAUUUGUCACA